AGUAGUAAAUAUUUUUCGUGCUUGUUUUUUUAAUGCUUACUUAAUAGUUUAUUCAAGACUUCAAUAAAUACGGCCAUAACUAAACAUGUUGUUAUUAUAUUAAGUAUUUGUUAAUAUACAAAAGGGUUUUAUUUAUAGUAAAAGCGUGCCGGCUAUAUGAAUUGGAACCAUGGUCAAGAUAUGCUGUGUGGACGGCUGCAACGAUACAAAAGACGAUGUUACAUAUUUCAAGUUUCCCAACAGCCGUACACUUCGACGCAGAUGGUUGGACGCGUUCACGCCGUCAGAGAAAGUGACCAUCGAUUCGGUGGUAUGCAGUCGCCACUUCCUGGAGGGUCAGUACGAGCUGGUAAGGGGCAAGAAGCGGUUGAAGGCGAAAGUGGUACCUAGCGUGUUCAUUGAAGAUCAACCGAAAUCACCGAAGACCGUUGCAAACGAUGCCGAGCAGAACGAAGACAUUCCCGCCAAAACAAAUGAAAUCGCCACAGAUACGCGAAAAACAAAAAGCCACACAGCAGACACACAAACGCCGGCCAGUACCAUAGAUAGUGAACUUUGUAACGGUAUAGUGAGAAGAACAGAUCCAAGCAUAACAGCCAUCGAUUCAGAAGCGAAUAACGACAUAGAAGACAUCAUAACAAAUUAUCACAUAAAACAAAUUAGACCAUUGAACGUGCAAAGGGAAAUCAACGACACGGACAGCGGUGAAUUGGCAAAUGUCAUCGUAAAUGAACAAACGAACAGCGAGAUGGCAACACUAGUACAAGAUUUGGAAUUUGGAAACGAAGAGAUGAAAAUUAUCGAUGUUGACAAUCUGCAGGAUCCGGUCUUCAUCGAAGUAGGCGUUGAUAAAGCAGGUGAUCAGGACCAGACGAACCAGGAUUGUCUGAUGCUGCUCGAAAGCGUCCAGUGCGAGGUGGACCCCAGUAGCCUCAUGUUUCAGGACAAUGAUAUCGAGACCGACGCGGACACCAGUUCAGAUGUUGUGGAUUUGGGAGAAAAAAAAGAAGAUCCGAUAAGCCUUUUAACGUCGAGCGACGAAGACGAGGUAAUAAUCGAAGAGCCGCACAUCGACACAGUCGAAGUGUCCGACGAAACCGACGAAGACGACAUGCCGCUCGUGAAACUAGUCGACAAGAGGCCGAAGAAAUCAAAAAAGACGAAAUCGAAAUCAUCAAAAUCGAAAACUAAAUCAAAGUCCGUGCACUCCGCUGAGAAUAACAUCGCGAAAAUAAUGUGGGGCCUGUACGAGUAUUACUGCGUCGAAUGUCACUUCAGGACCACGAGCAAGUCGGAGUUCAAGAAGCACGCAACGGAACACCCCACGGUCAUACAGAUUUGCCAGAUGUGUGGUUACACGACGGCCAGCAAAGCACAGUUCGCUCGACACAAACGAAAACACCAGGACGAGAAAAAGUUCAAAUGUCACCUGUGCGACUAUAAAGCCAGACACAACAUGAGUCUGAUAUAUCACCUAAAGUCCCACGAUAGUGUCCGUUUAGUGAACGCGAAACGAGGAUUCAGAUGUGAAAAGUGCGGGUUCCAAUCGGACGUGAAGACGAGUCUGUUGAAACAUAUACGUUUGUGUACAACGGAUACGAAGAAGUACGUGUGCGGCAAGUGUAGCUAUGAAACUAAGAGGAAGUCCGAUUUGAGGAGGCAUAAGUUGAGACGGCACAAGGAGGCGAAUGAGGAGGGAGACGAUGACUAUGUUCCCCCCAAUUGGUCAUAAGUGUUUAUUAUGUAUGAAUCGUCGAACGUUACCGAGAAAAUCUGUUAUUUACAGAGUUUUUGUGCGUUGGCAAGCAGUGGAAACAAUUGUUUUGUACUUUACAAAUAUAAUUUGAUCCUCUAACUAUUGAGAGAUUGUGAGCCGAGAUGGCCCAGUGGUUAGA